AUGAAUAUAUUUGACAGAAAAGCAAAGAUAUUGCAAAAGGAAAGAUCUGCCCUGCGAGAGGACUAUCAUUUGUACGAAUAUGUGAGAGAAGAAAUUGGUUGGAGAACUGCAGACCGCAUAUUUGAUAUAAAAAGGACGUUUUCAAAUGCUGUAGAGCUGGGUGCUGGCAGAGGGUAUGUGUCACGCCACUUCUUGCCAGAUAGUGUUGAAAAGGUGACUCUCUGUGAUACAUCUCAAACACAUUUAGAUAAAGCAAUUGUUGGUGAAGGUGUGGCCGUUGAGAAACUCAUUAUGGAUGAAGAGAAAAUUGAAUUUCCAGAAAACAGUGUGGAUCUGUUGGUAUCCAGUUUGGCUUUACAUUGGGUUAAUGAUUUGCCAGGAUGUUUUGAUAAGAUCAUGAACUGUUUGAAACCAGACGGGGUGUUCAUAGCCUGUGUGUUCGGCGGUGAAACAUUAAUGGAAUUAAGGCAAUCAAUCCAAUUAGCAGAGACGGAGCGUCUAGGCGGUGUCUACCCUCACAUCUCUCCAUUCACUAGGAUUAGAGAUAUUGGCGGUUUGUUGAAUGCGGCCGGUUUUACUCUGCAGACGGUCGAUGUAGACUCUAUAACGGUCUGUUAUCCAUCUGCUUGGCACGUGAUGCAGGAUUUAAGAGGAGCGGGCGAGAGCAACUCUGCUUUCAACAGGCCACUAAGGCUAAGCAAGGACACGCAGUUCGCUGCCGCUGCUAUAUAUGAUGAGAUGUAUGGAAAGGAGUUUCCAGAACAGAAUUCCCGUGGCGUCCCAGCGACCUAUCAGAUAAUCAAUUUCGUUGGUUGGAAACCAGACCCAACCCAACCGCAGCCAAGGGAACGAGGAACUGGGGAGGUGUCCCUAAAAGAUCUUCACAAAAUUGACGAGAUUAUCAAACACAGCGAUACCAUAGUAUUGAGGGAUGAGGAUAUGAAAUAA